AUGGAUUCCCAAUCUUUCACGUACAUGAUUAUACCACCUGGACGCAACUUUCGGCUGCUCAAGAUCUUUCCAGGCUAUUCAGGCGAUCCCCUAGUGUGCGAACUCUUCGUAUCUACUCUAGAUGAUGCGACACCAUACACAGCUCUCUCUUACGUCUGGGGCAAUCCAGACAAAGUCGGCGACAUCGAACUUGGAGGACACGCUUGCAAAAUCACAAGAAGUCUUUCGGACGGCCUCCGCCGACUGCGAAAGGCUGAUGCAGUGGAAAUCGCAUGGGCGGAUGCUAUUUGCAUCAACCAAAAUGACAAUGUAGAAAAGGGACAUCAGGUUGAUUUGAUGGGUGCCAUUUACACUAACGCCCAUCAUGUGGUUGUGUGGCUUGGUCCCGACCCCGAAGGCUCCGGAGCUGAGGCAUUUCGCUGUCUAGAAACCAUCAACUACAAAAUACAUACAAAAACAGACAAGGAGUAUUUCUACCCUGAUGAAGAAGAAAUGCCGACAGUAUUUAUGAAAACUGAGGCGUCGCCGGAGCCGCGUCCCAUGGCGAGGCCCUAUGGACGAAGAUCAGUUCAUAGCUCUGUACUGGGCGCCAAAGGAAAAGACUCUGUUGGGAAACUAUUCGAUCUUUCUUGGUUCUCUCGCGUAUGGGUGCUCCAAGAAGUCGGUCUAGCAAGGUCAGCAACGGCAACUUGGGGCGACAGUACUAUCGAGUUCAGCGAGAUCGCCGCCUUCAUCUGGAACGUCUACUACCUCGAGGAGCUCAGACAUGCAUUGGGCCCUGAGACGUCCCAAAAGCUCUCGGGUGCUCCUCUGUACGCUGUCUGGAACGUGUGGUCUACCUACGAGAGGACAGACUCUUGGAUACACCGGACACCUUUACUAAGGGCUUGGGCCGAGCUGCUUGCCAGUCAAUGCACCCUCGACUUUGUCCUUGUUCUGGAGGCUUCGAGAUACUUCAAUGCUACCAACCAAUUGGAUCACGUCUAUGCCUUCCUUGGUCAUCCGAAAGCUAGGAACCCUGUUACAAACAAGCCGUGGUUACAGGCAAACUAUUCAAUAGACGUACAGGAACAGCAUCGACUUUUGGCUGCUAGUCUUGCUCAGGACUCGUUGAACUUCUUGGUGCAAGCUCACCAAACAGAGGCUAGUCUGAAGCAUGGAUCUGAUUAUCCGACUUGGGUCCCGAGAUGGAAUAAAAAAACGGAAAGCCAUGCGGAUGCUUACUGGGAAGCAUGGGAUGCCAGUCUUCGAAAGGAGGAGCAGAGGCCUCCCAAAGUCAAAGUUAAUGAAGAUCAACUGAGAGUAUCUGGUAUCAUCAUUGGCCAGAUUGAUCAGUUCACAAGAACAAUGACGGCAUCCGACUUCGAAGAGGAUAAGGACUUCGGAGCGCAGCUCCUCGAUACAUGCUGGGACGUAGCAAGUCAGAAACCACACCCGUAUCGACAAAUCGAGACGAUGAUGGCAUUUGCAUCGACACUUGCAUGCCACUACAAGCAUAAAGGCAACCAACCCAUGGACGGUCGUGAGCGAGUAGUUGAGCAGUUGGCGGGCUAUUGCAUGCAUCUCAACAAUACGUUCUACCAAGCUCACCUAAAGCCGAAGGAGGGCGGUGGAUUCUGGGAUUUGAACACAGUUCUAGAGGUUCGCAAAGCCUUCACUCCAAGUCUCAAGUCACAUGCUGUUAAUCGGCGCUUCUUCAAUACUGUUGAUGGGUAUUGGGGAAUGGGGCCUUCAGCUAUGGAGACCGGUGAUGUAUGUGCUGUGCUACUAGGUGCGGAUGUUCCUUUUGUUCUCAGGCCAAAGGGUGCCGAGGGUGAAUAUCAGUUGGUUGGGGAGUGUUAUAUGUAUGGGUUUAUGGACGGUCAGGCAGUCAUGGCGUCUCGUGCUGGGGAGUCAAAGUAUCAAGAGCAGCACAUCACCCUUCUGUCGUAG